AUGGCUUUUGGAAGAAGCAGUCCGCCGCCUUCUCAAUCCUCAGCUAAGAAGCAGCAGUCCAUCUCAAGCUUCUUCACACCCAAGCAACCCGCUGCGAAGAAGGCGACCGCGCCUGCGCCAUCCACAACCAAGAGACCAUCAAUUUCCAACGCGCCUGAUACCAAUGACGAUGCUGGACAUGCAUUGCUGAACAGCAGUCCUCUCAAACCGAAACGCCCUUUCGAGGAGUACAGUGACGACGAGCAUGACUUGCCGGAUUCCAAAAGAACGCGUCAGGAUGCCGAGCUUCCAGAAAGCGAGGCACAGCCACAUGAGACCGCGAUUGCCAAUCUGCCUGCAUCUGUUUCCGACCGGACAACGAAGUAUAUCUUCUCGAGUUCUCAACCUCAUCAACCUCUUCAACACAACCGAGACGACGAGGCUGCUCGUAGGCAGAAAGAGCGUUUGCACCGAGCAUUUGUGAAGAAACUUGGCAGACCUGACAGUCUUGCCGACAUUAAGCGUCGUAAUCACUUCGUUGACGAGGAUCAAGCUGAAGGUGAUGAGGAUCUUGACGACGAAGAGGAUGAAGUUCAGAAACCUGCAAAAGGUAGAAAAGGCCCUGCUGCUCGGAAGUCUGCCAGCAAACUCACGCCUAUGGAGAAGCAAGUCAUUGAUAUCAAGAAGAAACACAUGGACACGCUUCUAGCCGUUGAAGUGGGUUACAAGUUUCGUUUCUUCGGUGAUGAUGCUCGCGUCGCCGCAAAAGAGUUGCAGAUCAUGUGCGUGCCUGGAAAAAUGAGAUUCGAUGAACAUCCUUCCGAAGCACACCUUGACAGAUUUGCCGGGGCAAGCUUUCCCACCCAUCGUUUACAUGUCCAUGUCAAACGCCUUGUUUCUGCCGGUCACAAAGUUGGCGUUGUACGGCAACUAGAAACAGCCGCCCUGAAGAAGGCUGGCGACAAUCGCAAUACUCCAUUCGUUCGCAAGCUCACCAACUUGUAUACAAAGGGUACCUAUAUUGAUGAUGUAGAAGGCCUAGAUGGUCCUGUGGCUGCUCCAGCUGGUGGCGCUCCUGCAACUGGCCACCUUCUCUGUCUGACUGAAACCAACGCUGGAGGCUCAGGCACCGACGAGAAGGUGCGUCUUGGUAUAGUCGCUGUUCAACCCACAACAGGCGAUAUUAUCUAUGAUGAUUUCUACGAUGGCUUCAUGCGAAGCGAGCUUGAAACUCGUCUACUUCAUAUUGCACCCUGCGAAUUUCUCAUUGUCGGCUCGGUAUCCAAGGCAACCGAGAAAUUGGUCGAACAUCUUUCUGGCAGCAGAACGAAUGUCUUCGGAGACCGCGCACGUGUGGAGCGCACCGAAAAGGCAAAGACGUUUGCUGCUCAAGCAUACACUCAUGUAUCCGAUUUCUACGCCGGUAAGAUGCAGUCGGACGAUGCAUCAGAAGAGAAGUCGGCCAUGCUUGACAAGGUCCAUCAACUGUCUGAACUUGUCACAAUGUGCCUUUCCGCCAUGAUCACUCAUCUGACUGACUAUGGUCUCGAACAUGUCUUUGACCUCACUAAGAACUUCCAGUCUUUCAGCGCACGGUCUCAUAUGCUUCUCAAUGGUAACACUUUAUCAUCACUCGAGAUUUAUCAGAAUCAAACAGACUACACCGAGAAAGGCAGCCUAUUCUUCAUUCUCAACCGAACACAGACUCGAUUUGGUCAGCGUCUCCUUCGCAAAUGGGUUGGGCGCCCACUGCUCGAUCAGCAACAGCUGCAGAUCCGCAUUGGUGCUGUGGAAGAACUUCUCGACAGUGAUCGUGCUAUCCCUACUGAUCGUAUAAAAAAUCUCCUCGCUCAUGUCCGAGGAGACUUGGAGAAGUCGUUGAUCAGAAUCUACUACAAAAAGUGCGCCCGUCCAGAGCUUGUGUCUGUUCUUCAGACAUUACAAACUAUCUCGAACGAGUAUGCGCAUGUAAAAUCUCCAGAAGAUUCUGGUUUCAAGUCUCCGUUGUUAGCAGAAGCCAUCGCAUCCUUACCGCUAAUCUCAGAAGACGUCAUCUCUUUCCUUGAGCGAAUUGAUCUUCAGGCGGCAAAAGACGAUGACAAGUAUUCAUUCUUCCGUGACCAGUACGAGACCGAAGAAAUCACUGACCAUAAAGUCGGGAUUGUCUGUGUCGAGCAUGAUCUGGACGAACAUCGUACUCAGGCUGCAAAGACGCUUAACAAGCCAGGCAAAGUCAAUUAUGUGACUGUCUCCGGCAUCGAGUAUCUGAUUGAGAUUGAGAACAUCCAUCUCAAAAGAGUGCCAGCUUCAUGGAUCAAGAUCAGUGGAACCAAGAAAGUAUCGCGUUUCCACACGCCAGAGGUCGUCAAGUUUAUACGCGAGCGUGAUCAACUCAAAGAAGCUCUUGCCAACGCAUGUGAUUCGGCCUUCACUGAACUGCUAACCGAGAUUGGCACCAAGUAUCAGACGUUCCGCGAUUGCAUCCAGUCGCUGGCGACUCUGGACUGUCUGCUUUCGCUAGCUGACAUUGCGAGUCAGCCCGGAUACACAAAGCCCGAAUUCAUCAUCGACAGUGAUGAGGUCCGUAUCGAAGUCAAAGAAGGCCGUCAUCCGAUGGUUGAGCAACUGCUUCUUGAUUCAUAUGUGCCGAACGACAUUGAGAUGUCUUCGAAAGAGAGAGCCCUACUCAUUACCGGUCCGAACAUGGGCGGCAAGUCAUCCUAUGUCAGAUCAGUAGCCUUGAUAAGCAUCAUGGCACAGAUAGGAAGCUGGGUUCCUGCUUCGCAGGCAAGGCUGACUCCCCUCGAUGCUGUCUUCACACGUAUGGGUGCAUUUGACAACAUGCUCAAGGGUGAAAGUACUUUCAUGGUGGAAUUGUCCGAAACUUCAGAUAUCCUGAAGCAAGCUACGCCUCGAUCUCUCAUCAUCUUGGACGAAUUGGGUCGCGGUACGAGCACUCACGAUGGUGUGGCAAUUGCGCAAGCUGUUUUGGACUAUGUUGUGCGUGAGACCAAGGCACUCACUCUGUUCAUCACUCAUUACCAGGCACUUUCGAGAAUGGCUGAGCAAUACGAAGCGCGCGAACUUCGUAAUGUCCACAUGCGCUUUACCGAAGAAGUUGCUGGCGAUGAUCAUACGGAUAUCACAUUCCUGUACGAGGUUGGCGAAGGUGUCGCACAUCGCAGCUAUGGUCUCAACGUGGCAAGACUUGCUGGACUGCCGAAAGAUGUGCUUGACAUCGCAGCAAUCAAAAGCACACAAAUGGAAGAAGAAGCAAACAGAAGGAAGAUGGCGCACUUGUCUCGACUACUCUCUUCUACUCUCGAGGACAACCAAUCGCUCAAUGUCGAGUUGCUCUUGGCCGGCCUUGACAUAAUGUAG